GUCCAUGUGACCUAGUGUAUGAGCUACUUAGAAUAUGGUACACGCAAGUUGGAAGCCGUCGGUAUUGUGGUUGUGCAUUUCCGACAUGGUUGCCGCGCAGGUCUGCCGCCAUCCGCCGUGGCUCUUGGUAGCAUGAAAUAGACGAAGGCGGGCCGCUCAUCAACCCUCAAACGGUCCAAGUUAGACUCUACAAAUUCAACAUAUGUCGCUCCCACAGCCGCCUCCGGAAGCAACAUAUAUAUUCCGCGGCCAUGCGGCGCAGAUCCAUUCAACGCAGUUCAUAAGAGGGAACUCUCGCCUCGUUACUGGCGAUGCGGAGGGAUGGAUCGUGCUCUGGGGUCUAGCCUCACGAAGACCCACGGCCGUGUGGAGGGCACACGAGGCCGCCAUCCUCGGUGUUGCUGAAUGGGGAUCAGACAGACUAAUCACUCACGGCAAGGACAAUAAGCUCAUUGUUUGGAAGUUCUCGGAAGAGGAUGAGGCCUCCCUGAGUACUACCCUCCCUGUCGAGGACCCAACGACGCCCAGGAAGCAACCAUGGCUCCUCUACGUACUGGACGUCAACUCGCUGAACUUCUGCUCGUUCGGCCACUGCAUUGCAAAGCAACUUCCUGGCCCCAUAUCAACUGAGACUAUCCCGUCACCCGGUCAGGAUGAACUUCUCAUCGCCGUCCCGAACACCCUGAGCUCCGAAGCCGUCGACAUCUUCCAUCUCCCCUCCCAGAAGCGCCUACUUACGGUCCCUGGAGAUAAGUCCACCAACACCGGCAUGGUAAUGUCCGUCUCCAUCCUCUACGUAUCCUCACGCCUCACUCUCAUCGUGGGCUAUGAAAGUGGGCAUGCAAUGGUUGUGCAGGACAACCCUGUCCUUGGCUGGUGUAGACUCUACCUCGCCCAGCCUCAUUCCCAGCCUAUUCUCUCCCUCGGAGUUACCCUGGAUAUGGCAUCCUUUAUCACCAGCGGCGCCGAUGGGAUAAUUGCCAAGCACCCCCUUUCCUCGCUAUCUCCUCCGUUACCCCAACCAGUCCAGCCACAAUCAGGACCAACGCAUCAGAAAGUUCCAGUUAAGAAUCCCUCGCUCCUCUCCGGGAUGUUUGCAGCACAGUCCCCGACCACCCCCUCGGCAAUACCACCUAAGCCGCCCGUUAAGCCUGAAGUCGUUACAAAGCCGUUGAAAGUCGUGCAGACGAAGCACUCUGGGCAACAGAGCUUGCGGAUUAGGAGCGACGGACGGAUAUUCGCUACGGCGGGGUGGGAUACCAAGGUGCGGGUUUAUAGCGUGGCGAGUAUGAAGGAACUGGCGGUGCUGAAGUGGCAUAAGGAUGGGUGUUUUGCUGUGGCUUUCGCUGAAGUUAUAAAUGUACAAGAGGAUAAAGAAGGAGCUGAUGAGGACAAGCCAGAAGAGGAAAAACCAGAGGCAGAAUCGUCACAAGGAGGUGAGACUGCGGUGGUUGCACCUCCAAGACGCGUUGGGUUGGCCAUAUCGGCAAAAGAGAAGAGGAUACAACAAGCCACCCAAACGCACUGGGUGGCAGCAGGGAGCAAAGACGGGAAAGUGAGUUUAUGGGAAAUAUACUAGAUCCGUGUAUAUACAAUUAUGAUUCCUAACGACGCUGCGCUGUGC